AACAGCAUAUGUCAACCCUAGCAACUACACCAAAUGUGUUUGUAAUAAAAUAUGAUGUAUUGUCGGUGUUUGUAAAUACGGUGUCGCUCGGGCUCUUGUAAGCAGUGUAACAGGUAUAAUUAAGUAGAAAUUAGUGUAAAAUCCUUAGAUGAACAGGUUUGUAUUAUACUUCAGCAAGUGUCCACAUACAGGUCUGACAAGGUGGGUGUGUUUUAGGAAAUGACAGAGGACAGCCAUUUUCAGCCUGGACUAUUUCUGUGCUCUGCUUCUUACAUGUCAUUGUAAAUUUGUGUGGGUAGGACAUGUGUGUGAAAUACUUUGUUCAGCUUUUAAUGAUUUUCGCUGCACUUGUGCCAAGCGAAUCGAAUUGCUUACAGUCAUGUAGGAACGUUACUCUGAACAUUCAGCUGGGCUCGCAGGUGCUGCUCCCAUGCAACCUUUCGAAAAGUAAAGAAACCAAUGAAGCCAGAUGGAGCCAAACAUCCAGCCUCCUAAACAUCGGGCCUAAUGGAUCCGUCAACUUUGAUGAUCCUAGGGAUGGCAGAAUAAUAGUAUUCCCUUACCUGUUCGAUAGAGGAAACUUCUCCAUCCUCGUUCAUCACUUCCAGGCGUCUGACAUGGGCAUGUACUGCUGUCAGCUGAGCCGGGAAUGCCAGAGAGUUGAAAUAAAGCCCUUUCAGGAAGGAGGUUUAAAUUUCCCAUGGUACUACAUCGCUGCUGGAGGUGGAAUAUUCAUUCUGCUUGUGAUUAUAUUUAGCCUUAUCUAUAAAUUCAGAGCAGGAAAGUGUCUCAUAAGAUCAUCUGAUUCUUAUUACAUCAACUCAGGAAACAAAGAACAAAGGAAGGCAGAACAGAACAGAACAGUGGAUGGUGAGGAAGUCAAGGUUGAUGAGUGCGAUGGUGAGUAUGAAGACAUACAGAGUGAUACUCAUGAAGCGGAUUACGAAAACGCAGCAGGAGAAGAGCACGAAGGCCAGUAUGAAGACACAGUGAGUGAAGAGCAGGAUGAGGAUUACGUGAACAUUGAGGGAAGAAACUGUCAGCAACAGUAUGACGAUAUUGACACCCUGCACCCUCCUGAAUGCUAUUUGAAGAGAGAUAUGCCAGGUCUCCACAGCAGUGAAAGUGUCUAUGAAAAUGAUGAGCACGGUCCAAAACAAAAGUCAAAAUCUCCUGCAAAAGCAGCAGCAGCAGCAUCCAGAAAAAUAUCAAAUCAGCAGCCAGAUUCUGAAGGACAAUACUAUGCAAAUCAGUCAGAGAUACAAAAGUCUGCACGUGCUGGGAAAAGGAAAAAAGACAAAGCUGAAUAUCAGUUCAAAAAUCCAUUAUAUGACCAAACUCCAAAACACAAUAAAUAGUCAUAUUUUUUAAUUCACUGGACAAUAGGCCUGUUUACAUGAAUUUAUUGUAAUAUUUUGUUAAUUAUUGUUCCACUGGGUUUGUGAGUUAAUAAGUAAGAAAACUGCUAAAUGGUUCUGUUUUUUCAUUCUUCUCAGUUCUUUCAUUACUUCUCAGACUUAAUCAUCAAUUAUCAUAUGCUAACCAUAUACUUUAGAUUUUUUUCCUUGUAUAAUACACCGAUCAGGUAGAACAUUGUGAGCAGUGAGAGGUGAAGUGAAUAAGACUGAGUAUCAUCAUCAUCAGUACCUCAUCAUGGCACCUGUUAGUGGGUGGGAUAUAUUAGGCAGCAAGUGAACAUUUUGUCCUCAAAGUUGAUGUGUUAGAAGCAGGAAAAAUGGACAAGCGUAAGGAUUUGAGCGAGUUUGAUGAAGGGCCAAAUUGUGAUGGCUAGACCACUGGAUCAGAGCAUCUCCAAAACUGCAGCUCUUGUGGGGUGUUCCCGGUCUGCAGUGGUCACUAUCUAUCAAAAAUAUCCUUUAAGUCCUAUAAGUUGAAAUGCUGCUAACAUCUUGGUGCCAGAUACCACAGCACACCUUCAGGGAUCUAGUGGAGUCCAUGCCUCGACGGGUCAGGGCUGUUUUUGGCAGCAGCAUGAUAUGAGGCAGGUGGUCAUAAUGUUAUGCCUGAUUGGUGUAUAAUAUAUUAUAAUCAUAAAUUGGUCCUUCAUUCUGAUGAUUAUAUGCUAAGUUUAUGAUUAGUGUUGAAUUUAUUAAUGCUUUUUCUAAGCCCUGUAACUAGAUCUAUGUGGCCUUCCACCUGUUAGAGAGAACAAAUGAUCGAAGGUCAAAAGAUUUUUAAUGCAUAUAAUUUUCUUUAGAAGUACAACACAAUAGCAAAUUUGCAUAAGAUCCAAUGCAAAUCCUAUCCAUUAGAAUAGAGAUGCAGUUUAAAUCAAUUCUACACAGACGCAAACUAGUGGGAAGAUAGCAAGAAGCGGCAACAGAAGAUACCAGGAGACAGUCAGAGAAAAGUUUUAUUAAAAUGCAAUGAAUUUGACAAACCAAAAAACUACACUUGUUUGGAUGGACCAGGACUGCAGUAACUAGGAUCACUAAAACCAUAUUUUGUUCAUGCUUGUUCUUCGUUCACAAAGAAAAUUUCUGGAUUCAUUAAUUGUUUAUAUACCUUACUGUGAAAACUUGUCUGUGCUGAACAUUAGUAAAUUCUAUUUUUUGUAUCUUUGCCUUUCUUUAUGUUUCUACUGUUGACUUGGUUUGAACUUCUGCCUGUUCUGAUUACUCAUUAAAGAUUAUCACUAUGGUUGGUGGUUGUGGUUGACAAGUUAAUGUUAAU